CAUGUUUCGAGCAGGGAUAUAACUAUGCGGCCCUGUGUCAUGAUGAGGAUGCAUCUUCUAUGCUGAGAGCAUCAUUAGCACCCAUGAAGCCUCUGGAGGUACCCUUGUUACCUUCCCUAGACUAUGAGAAGUUAAAGAAGGAUUUGGUGUAUAGUAAUGACCGCCUGAAAGCAUUGAUCCUGCAAGCUUUGCGCUGGCGCAUUACUAAUUCCCAGCCCGGAGAGCAAAGGGACACAGUUCUACAGGCUUAUAUAACAAAUGACCUUUUGGACUGCUACCAAAACGGGCAGAGAAAUGUCUUACAGUUGCUUCAGUCCAAAAAUGAGAUGGUCAGACAAUACACAGCUCGGCUUAUCAAUGCUUUUGCAUCAUUAUCUGAUGGCCGUGUUUAUCUAAGUCAGAAUCCUUACUUACUGCGCUCACUGGAGACGGCACUCAAGGCAGAGGGGAAGGAUUCUAUCACUAGAGAAAAUGUUCUGGUCUCUCUGCAAAAACUUAGCCUCAGGCGACCUAUGCAGUCUGCAAUGAUAAAGGAUGGUCUUAUUGAUUGGCUUGUACAAGAGCUAGAAGACACUGAUCAUCUGUCUGACUACACAAUGGAGUACUCUGUGGCCUUGCUCAUGAACCUUUGCUUACGUAGUGCAGGAAAGAAAGUGUGUGCCAAAAAUGCAAGCCAUGUUCUCAGGGUGUUGUCUGAUUUGCUUGGUCAUGAGAACCAUGAGAUUCGUCCCUAUGUAAAUGGAGCUCUCUAUAGCAUCCUCGCUGUUACUUUGAUUCGAGAGGAAGCAAGAGCUAUGGGAAUGCAGGAAAUUCUGAGGUGUUUUAUGAAGGAAGGGAACACAGAUAUGAACCGUCAAAUUGAGUUCAUUAUAAGACAGCUCAACUCUGAAGAUAAAUUUGAUGAAGCAGCAGAGUCUGAUGACGAGGAAGAGGCUGAUGAUGACGAGGAGGAGCAAGAUGCCCUGGAAAAUGAUUUGGACAAGAAUGAAGCGAUUCAACCUCAAGCUGGAGAAUUGUCUGGGGAAAAACUCCUCACCACCGAAUAUCUGGGAAUCAUGACUCAUACUCUUAAAGUGAAAAAGAGAAUGUUUUCUGGUCUACUACAGAGUGUUGAUGAACCAUUGCAAAGACCGGUAACCCCCAACAGUCAUCGGGCUGUGUAUACAAUGUCAGAGAACAUAGUCUCACCUUUAAUUUCAUCAAACAACUUUAUAAUUCAGAAAGCAUCUUUAAAUUCCACAUCAAGACCCCCUACACGAUGUGGUAGCCGCCCCACUACUGCUGAUUACAGUGUGACAUCAAUGUCUGUAGAUACAGAGUCAUCUCAGGUCUUUUCACCAACAAGUCGGUCUGAUCAAAGAGGACCUGUAACUCCUCCUUCUCCUCAGAUGCUGGAUUUGGGUAUGGAGAAAAAUAAUGGACACAGUAAUAGAUCCUGGAUGCCACGCAGUCCUGAAGUUCCGAGUGUCAGCCCCCGUAAAGCUAAGACUCCGACUAUUGCUCCUCAGUUUUCCCAGUCUGGACCGCAACAAACCAGCCGACCUAGCUCUGCUGGAUCCUCCACCCGUAGCAGACAGAGCAGCCAGUCCCACAGAAAGUGAGAAUAGGUGACUUGUUUGGCUUCAGUGACAAGGAUUCCUUCACGUAAUAAAGGCAGCAGGACUGUG